AUGGCGAAAUUUAACACGGGUAGCAGCCCCACAGAAGAUGUUUCUGGUAACAGUCGACCCUUCAAAGUCCCAGGACAACCUAUCCAUACAGGAUUACAGACGAGGAAAGCAGCACUGGAGAAAUUUGCAAACCAAGGAGAUGCAACUUCUUCUUCGGGAGCCAGUACUUUUCACAAACCCACUCAUCCUAAACCUCCUCUGGGGGUCAAACCUCAAAUUGAUGAUAAAACAGAGAAGGAUCCAAAGCCCCCAUAUUUGAAACCUGUGGCACAAAGGUUUGGAGUUCAGCUUAAGACAACUAACAGAGAAAAUGAUGGAAAAGCUGGAUGCACUAAAUCCCCCACCAAAACUAGUGACUUUGCAAAAGAAGAGCCGAAACCUCUGUAUCCCAAACCUGCAGGGAACAAGUUCCUUAGCUCUGCUCCUCAUGACAAAGAAAAAAAUCCUCUGGUAACAAAACCAAAUUCAAAUUUUGCACCACAGGAGAGUGAGACAAAGCCAACAUUUUCAAAAGUAAUGGGAGUUAAGGAAAAAUUAAUGUCUGCAACACAAGAAAAUGAGCCCAAGCCUCCUUUCUCUAAACCACCUCUUGCACAAAAACCUUCUCGAAACCAUGAUGUCUCCCACAAUGAAGACAAUUCGAAUAAAAAUAAUUUUCUGCAAAAAGGAGUAUCAGGACCCAGACCAAAUAUGCAGUCAUUUAAAACAGAAAAGGAAAUGGAUGAAAAUAGUAACUGUGCUGCAGAUGCUGCAGGCAGUCAUUUUUCUAACAUGGCUCUGAAGCCUUCUGGCCCCUGGUCCAGUUCAUCUCAGGGCACCCCCAAAAACUUGGAGGAAAAGACUGAAGAAACAGGAAUGAGUGCUGCCAAGAACAUCUUUCUCAACAAAAUCAUCCAGGAAGAAUCAGGUUCUUCUUCUUCUAAGUUCCAUAAGAUGAACACAGCGCUUGCUGCAGUAAGGCCAUCAGGUGGAUCACAAGAGAAAGAGGAUGGGGACAGGAGCUCAGGAGCCCCCAGGCGGAAAACCUUGCCCCCACUGUUCAAGCUGGGCCAGCCCCCACAGAAGCCCAGCAGACCCCCCAGUGUGGACCUGGAAAGAUUCCGGAAGAGCAGCCCAAAAGACAGCCCUAAAAAUGAAGGUUUGAAACAGAUAGCACCUUCCUCAGCAGCACUCUCCCCACCUGUACCUCCACCGCACUGUGCUACGCAGUUUCCACCUCCUCCACCAGCCUCUCACCCAUCCCUGCAGCCCCCAGCAGCUCCCAGCCUGCCUCCCAGAAACAUCAAGGUCAGCUCUGAAACAAUAAGUCCAGACAAUGAAGAAAAUUAUGAUGAUGUUGAAUUUGUUUCACAGGGUCAUGGAAAUACAGAGGGGGGCCAAGAAAGUGAUGGAGAGAUGUAUGAAGACAUAAAUGACAUAAGAUCAUCAAGAGGAAAAGAGAAGAAGUACGACAAGGAAGAAAAGAAAAAAAUGGACCAAGAGAAGAAAGAACAAAAGGAAAAAGAAAGGAAAGAGCAGGAAAUAAGGAAGAAGUUCAAAUUAACAGGACCCAUCCAAGUCCUUCAUCAGGCACGAGUUUGUGUUGACCACAAGGGAGGGAAGAAUGAGCUGACUGUCAAACAAGGGGAUGAGAUUGAAAUCAUUCGCCUCACAGACAACCCAGAAGGAAAGUGGCUGGGCAGGAUAAAAGGAUGUUAUGGAUACAUCAAAACAACCAUGGUGGAGAUUGAUUAUGAUUCUUUAAGAAGAAAGCAACAAUCAUCUACUAGAGCUGCUGGGAAACAGCCAGAGAGUGACCAAGAAGUAUAUGAUGAUGUUGGAGAGCAGGACAGUAUUAGCAGUCAGAGUGGUGGUCAAAGUGGAGCUGGAAGAAUGUUCCCUCCUCCUCCUUCUGAUCAAGAAAUUUAUGAUGGGAUUGAUGAUGAAGACACUGUAACUAGGUCUGUAUCACAGGAUGAAGAUAAGAAUGGUAUCUGGUCCUGGGGAAUCUUGAAGAGACUAAAGGUCAAAGAUGACAAAAAGAAAAGUGUACGAGAAAAAGCAGCCAAAGUCAAUGGGGCAGAAGAUAAUGGAGAUUUGUUUAUCUCUUCUUCAACAAAGCAGUUUGGAAAAGAUUGUGGAGACAAUGAUAUUUAUGAUGACGUAGAUUCUUCAGACUUCCCUCCUCCACCACCUGAACUCAAUUCAUCAAAAUCAGCAAGCCUUGGAAAACAUAAAUCAGAUGAAAAAGACGCACAAAAGUUUAAAAAGAUGGAAAGAGAAGAAAAAGAGUUCAGAAAAAAGUUCAGAUUUGAAGGUGAAAUUAAAGUUCUCUACUCCACCACCACAGUCCAGGAUUUGCCCCAGAAAAGAUGGGGACCUAAAGACUUACAAGUUAAACCAGGGGAGUCUCUUGAGGUUAUAGAAAGCACAGAUGAUACCAAGGUCCUGUGCAGGAAUGAAGAAGGAAAAUAUGGCUAUGUUCUGAGAAGCAAUUUAGUUCAGAAUGAUGGAGAGAUUUACGAUGAUAUUGGUGAUGAUUGUAUCUAUGAUAAUGACUGA